AUGAUCCGACAGCGUUCGAUCUCACCCGGGUGGAAGCAGAAGCCAUUCGUCGACAACUACAACAUCCAGGACCAGUCAACGUCGACGAUCAUCAAAAUAUGGAUAUUGAUGCAGCCGGCCGGUCUCUUCCUCUUCCAUCGUCUAUUCCUGCAUCAACUACGUUACUACGGCUACGGCGAUUGGCUGGGCUCCGACGACGCGGCAGCCGAGUGGCCAUUCCGAGUGCACAUCAUCGAGACGGUGGUCGGGUGGGUGAGCGGGAUCUUUGCCGUUUUAUUCGCCGUUCUAACAUGGCUGGUACGAAUCUCACCCGGCGGCCAUCUCCGCGAAUGUGGGUGUCCCGUCAGCUGGAAGCAGCGGCAAUUGGCGAUGGCCGAACCGGGGACAGACUGGUCGUGUUGCCAGUGGGUUCCGUUUGUCGGGCCAUGGCUUCGUCGCGAAAUGGAGCUUGAACGCACAUAUGAUUGUGAUGAACAGCGCCGAGAGCUGGAAGGCUAUCUUCUUUUGCAAGUGAUCUUCUUGGUGUGGCAUUUGUGCUUUGCCUUCUAUUGGGUACGCCGCCUUGUUGCGACUGUUUCCCGCUAUGCCUCCACGCAACCACCUGAGGGUGAUGUGCCCCCAUUCUGUGACGAUUGGUUCGUCAUCGAUUGUUUUAUCGGCACUAUAUACGCCAUGCUGCUUUACGCAACCUUCUGCUGGAGACGUCCCAAAAGUGAGCAUGCCCGUCCGGGGAACUGCUGUCCCGAACGUCCGUCGGAUUUGGCCGUGGGCGCCUGGCGACACCAAUCUCUACAAACCCAACAAAAAACGAAGUUGAUU